CGCCUGUCUGCCUGCCUCCUUCCUUGCCUCCCGCGCUUGGAAAAGAAGGAGGAGAAGGAGGAGGGAAAGAAGGAGGCGUCGGUUCCCGGUCGGGUGCCUCCUGCUUUGGGGAGAUCCAGAGCUCCGGGGGCUUGGCAAGGAGCAUUGUGAUCGAAGGAAGGAAAGAAGGGAAGACAGGAGGAAGAAAGAAAGAAAAAGAAAGAAAGAAAGAAAGGGAAAAGGAAGGAAGGAGAAAAAGAAAGAAGGAAAGAAGGAAAAAAGAGUUUGGGCAGAGCCUCCCCCUGGAAGUUGGAAGAAGAGCCGAGGGAGGGAGGGAGGCCAGGAGGAGGCGGAGGCAGGAGAAGAAGAAGCAGAAGCCGGCGGGGCUGGAGCCCAUCCGCCUGAGCCUGAGCCUGAGCCUGAGGAGCAUGCCCUGCUGCUGGGGCUGCGGGCCUCCUGGGCCUCGGCCUCUGGGGGCCCUCUGGCUGCUGGCCCUGGGGCUCCUGGGGGCGGCGGCUGCCUCGGCUGCUGCUUCUCCGCCGGAGCCCCGCUCGCGCAGCUGCUCGGAAGUCAAGCGCCUCUACGCCGCCAAAGGCUUCAGCCAGACCGAGGCGCCCAGCCACGCCAUCAACGGUGAUCACUUGAAAGUGUGCCCGCAAGGCUAUACAUGCUGCUCUGAAGAAAUGGAAGAGAAAUACGGCCAGCAAAGUAAACAUGACUUCCGAAACGCCGUUGUCGAACUCAGCAACAGCUUGCAAGCCACCUUCAGCUCCCGGUACAAAAAAUUUGAUGAAUUCUUCCGAGAACUUCUCGAGAACGCCGAGAAAUCCUUGAACGACAUGUUUGUAAGGACUUACGGCCUCCUGUACAUGCAGAACUCGGAAAUGUUUAAGGACCUCUUUGUGGAACUGAAGCGCUACUACACAGGGGGCAACGUUAACCUGGAGGAGAUGCUCAAUGACUUCUGGGCCCGGCUCCUGGAGCGCAUGUUCCGCCUGGUCAAUCCCCAGUACCACUUUACGGACGAAUACCUGGAGUGCGUCAGCAAGUACACCGAACAGCUCAAGCCCUUCGGGGAUGUGCCACGCAAGCUUAAGCUUCAGGUGACGCGGGCAUUCGUGGCGGCCCGGACUUUUGCCCAAGGCUUGGCCGUGGCCAGAGACGUCAUCGGCAAAGUUUCAGCGGUCAAUCCCACACCCCAAGGCGUCCAAGCCUUGCUGAAGAUGAUGUAUUGUCCGUACUGCCGGGGUUUAGUGGCGGUCAAGCCGUGUUACAACUACUGCUUCAACGUGAUGAGGGGCUGUCUUGCCAACCAAGGAGAGCUGGACACGGAGUGGAAUAACUUCAUCGACUCGAUGCUGAUGGUAGCCGAGCGGUUGGAGGGACCAUUCAACAUCGAAUCUGUCAUGGAUCCCAUCGAUGUGAAGAUCUCCGAUGCCAUCAUGAACAUGCAGGAGAACAGCAUGCAGGUGUCCCAGAAGGUUUUCCAAGGGUGCGGGCAGCCCAAGAUGCUGGCCCAAACCCGGACGUCUCGCUCAGCCUCGGAAAGCAGCUUCAGCGCCCGUUUCAGGCCCUACAACCCAGAAGAGCGGCCGACGACAGCCGCAGGCACGAGUUUGGAUCGGCUGGUGACAGAUGUGAAGGAAAAGCUGAAACAAGCCAAGAAAUUCUGGUCUUCCCUUCCCAGCAAUAUCUGUAACAAUGAGAAAAUGGCCGUUGGAAACGUCAAUGAAGAAGAGUGUUGGAACGGGAGCGACAAAAGCAGGUACGUCUUCGCUGUGACGGCAAAUGGCUUAGCCAACCAGGCAAACAAUCCAGAAGUGGUUGUCGACACCUCGAAACCAGACCUGGUGAUUCGCCGGCAAAUCGUAGCCCUCCGAGUGAUGACCAACAAGAUGAAGAAUGCCUACAACGGGAACGACGUUGACUUUAUUGAUAUAAGCGACGAAGGCAGCGGCGAAGGAAGCGGGAGUGGGUGCGAGAUGCCGCAGUGUUCCCCUGAAUUCGUGUUUAAUGCGACAGAAGUCACGCGGAACACCAACAACAAAAUGGACAAAAAAGCGAGCGAUUCGGCCGCCGGCGCAAGCCUCUCGGAAGCGGCUCUCUUGUUCAGCAUCUUCUUGUGCCUGAUCGGCCAGAGACAGUGGAGAUAACCGGGCCGUGGUUGUUUUGUUUUUUUAAAGCUCUGGAAAGGGGGGAAAAGUGACUUUUAUUAAAAAAAAUAUUAAUAAUAAUAAUAAUUAUAUAGUUAAAAGACACCUGAAUUCACUUUUAUGCCAUCAUAGUGACUUUGGGGCGGGUGGGUGGAUCCUUUAUAAGUUUAUCGGACAACAGUGUACAGUUUUUAGUAUGUUGUCACUGGUUUUAAAAUGAGUUUCCCUCUCAAAUCCUGGUUUGUUUUUGGGGGAAAGUGGGACAAAUUUACAUUCUUGCACACCUUCAAGGAUCUGGACCAGUUAGUCUGACCUGUUCACAGAAGAAACCACAAUAAAUGUGGUGAACAAAAGUGUA